CCUUUUCUUUACUUCCUGUCUUUGAUUAGGGGUUUGCAGGAGGCUGUUGAAGUGGGCGAAAUGCUGGGUUUGGGGCCUGGCUGGCCCAGGCCUCUGAUUAAGAUCUGGAUGGGAAAAAAAAGGCUCACUUCACAAAGUCCUUGGGUCGUUUUCUGCUGAUUCAUUUUGGAAUCUCUUGGGCUGCACCAGGGGGUGGUUUAAGACUGUCAGGAUCAGCUUGCCGGUUCAGCACUUUUAGGAACCUCAACUUGCUCACCAAUGAGGAAGUUGAAUGCUACCAGGAGAAUCGUAGGCACGGGGCGGGGCUCCUCCUGAAGUCCAGGGCUGGGAUUACGGGACAGGCUGACUUUGGCUGCGACAAAAAGCCUUUUGUCCUGGGAGUAAAUACGGAAGUCCAGAAGAGCAGCCUGCCUGCCCAUGUGUAGUAAGGUGUGCGGCCUCAGCUGCUGUGGGGCAUAGAGUUGCCCAGACUUAACAAGUUGCCCUGGGCACGCCGGCAUCGAACAAACCGGAAGGGAGGGCUCUGUGACCUGAAAAGAGACCAAGUGUGUUUUCUGAGCUGCUGAAAGCCUGGCUCUCUCCCUGGUCCCGUAGCUGCUCCCUGUCCUGUAAGUCAAGAGCAGAUGGAGCGGAUAAACUGAGCCGAGCAGGGCAGGUAACACAAGGCAGAACUUCUGUCAAGGGCACUGCCGGGACAUGGAGGAGGUUGGUAACACUCUGAAUAGCAGAGAUGUGCUGGAGUCAGACAAAUCCGAAGCCGGACUUGAGAUGGCUCAGUCCAUCCUGAGUAAAUUCUCUAUGAAAUCCCUGUUUGGAUUUACAAGUAAAUUGGACUCCUUGGAUCCUCAAGAGGAAGAUGCUGUGCUGAAGGCAUUUCGCAGUUUAGAGGUGAAUUCUGCUCCCGAGAGAGAUGAUCCCAGCGAAGGCUCAGAUCAGCCACAGGCAGAGGCUCCAGCUCCAGUUCCCCCUGAUAUUGAAAAUGAUGGGAAGUCAGCAAAGGUGGAGACAGGAUCGGAGGGAAGUCAGGGGAAAGCCACACCGGACACCUCUUCCCUUGGUCAUGAGCUGCUUUCACCUGCCACCGUGAGUGCGGAUAGUGAGGAUGUCAUCUGGGUCCAUGGGACCCUGGUUCACACUACCAGUGAUUCUGAUUCUGAAGACGGAGGCCAAGAGGCAGAAGGAAGUGGCCUUGAUACCCGGGUGUCCACCACUGUUGUUUUAUCUGACCCAUGUCAAGAGCCCAAAGGAAGACCGAGAGUUUCGGGAGAAAAUAAUGACACCCGGGAAACUGAUGGUGCAGAACUCUGUGGUGAUUCUCAGAGAACUUUAUCUGAGACAAGUGGCAAACUGGACCCUGAACAAGAUAGUAGCCACCCAGCAGAGCACAGCCACGGGCAGGGCCAGGCUGAAGAAGAAAGGUCCCAAAUCCCACCUGCAGCAACAGACCAGACUGUUGGUGCCACUGAGAGCACUGUUUUUAAAAGAGAGAAAGAAGCUUCUGGAGAGAAGUCGUUCCAGCUUCCAGCUUUCUUCAGUGGGCUCCGUGUGCUGAAGAAGGGAGCUACAGCAGAGGCAGGGGAGACCAUUACUGAAAUCAAACCCAAGGACGGGGACUUGGCUUUGCUCAAGUUGACCCAGCCUGUUCAUAAGUCUCUGGUGCAGGGAGGCCCGCAGACACUGAAGAGCCAGGGUAGAGCUACUGAUCCGAAGGCCACUCCCACUCUCCUGGAGCAACUAUCUCAGCUACUCAAUAUUGACAUGCCAAGAACCGAACUGAAGGAAGCCGACCCCGAGUUCCGUGGAGCCUGCGAGAUGGGCUAUAGUACUGACCAGGAGAGCCAGAAGAGUUCUGGCGAUGCCCAAGUCCAGGGUGGCCAGGUGAAGUCAAAGCCACCAGAAACCGCCCUGGAAGCCUUUAAGGCCUUAUUCAUCCGUCCCCCUAAAAAAGGGACCACCGCUGACACCUCUGAGCUGGAAGCCCUCAAGCGAAAGAUGAGGCAUGAGAAGGAGUCACUGCGCGCUGUGUUCGAAAGGUCCAAGUCAAGGCCAGCAGACAGCCCCUCUGAUCCCAAAAGCCCUGACCAGAGCCCCACAGAGCAGGACGACAGGACUCCUGGCAGACUCCAAGCUGUCUGGCCACCCCCAAAGACAAAAGACACAGAAGAAAAAGUGGGGCUGAAGUACACUGAAGCAGAAUACCAGGCUGCUAUCUUACAUCUGAAGAGGGAGCACAAAGAAGAAAUUGAAAACUUGCAGGCUCAGUUUGAACUUAAGACAUUUCAUAUCCGGGGUGAGCAUGCAUUAAUAACAGCAAGACUUGAAGAAACCAUUGAAAAUCUCAAGCAACAGUUAGACCACCGCUGGGGAGGAAGAUGUGAAGAGAUGAGAGAUGCAUGCAUCUCCACUGAUGACGACUGUCCCCCAAAGGCCUUCAGAAAUGUGUGCAUCCAGACAGACAGAGAGACAUUCCUCAAGCCCUGUGAAAGUGAAAGCAAGACAACUAGAAGCAACCAGAUAGUACCCAAGAAGUUGAAUAUCUCAUUAACCCAGCUCUCUCCCACAAAAGACAGCAAAGACAUCCAUGCACCGCUUCAGACAGUGGAGGGCAUCUCAUCUAGUCAACAGAAGAUAUCGCCUCCACCUCCCACACCACCUCUUCCUCCCCCUCCCAUUCCUCCCCCUCCACCUCUCCCCACUGGACUUGGACCUUUGGCACCAGCACCACCCAUAUCACCUGUGAGUGCUGGGCCACCACCACCACCUCCUCCACCUCCUCCACCACCACCCCUGCCUCCAAGUGCUGGGCCUCCCCCACCUCCUCCCCCACCACCACUUCCCAAUGUCCUGGCUCUUCCCAACAGUGGAGGCCUUCCUCCUCCUCCUCCUCCUCCCCCGGGACUUGCACCCCCACCUCCUCCUCCCGGACUGUCCUUUGGACUCAGCUCUUCUAGCCAGUGUCCUCGUAAACCAGCCAUUGAGCCCAGCUGUCCUAUGAAGCCUUUGUAUUGGACUAGAAUACAAAUAAGUGAUAAGAGCCAAAAUGCCACACCAACUUUAUGGGACUCCUUAGAAGAACCUCAUAUUAGGGACACCAGUGAAUUUGAAUAUUUAUUCUCCAAAGACACAACUCAACAGAAGAAAAAACCCCUGUCAGAGACCUACGAGAAGAAGAACAAAGUCAAAAAGAUCAUCAAGUUACUGGAUGGAAAACGAUCUCAAGCUGUGGGAAUCUUGAUAUCUAGUUUACAUCUAGAAAUGAAGGAUAUCCAACAGGCCAUAUUUAAUGUGGAUGACUCUGUGGUUGACCUGGAGACUCUGGCAGCAUUAUAUGAAAAUCGAGCCCAAGAAGAUGAACUGACUAAAAUAAGAAAGUACUAUGAGACAUCCAAAGAAGAAGACUUGAAGCUGCUGGACAAACCUGAACAAUUUCUGCAUGAGUUAGCCCAGAUUCCCAAUUUUGCUGAGCGUGCCCAAUGCAUAAUCUUUAGGGCUGUGUUUUCCGAGGGUGUCACUUCCUUACACAGAAAAGUAGAGAUUGUCACACGAGCCUCUAAGGGCCUGUUGCACAUGAAGAGUGUGAAGGACAUCUUAGCUCUCAUCCUGGCUUUUGGAAAUUACAUGAAUGGAGGAAACAGGACUCGGGGACAAGCAGAUGGAUAUAGUUUAGAAAUUCUACCCAAACUCAAAGACGUCAAAAGUCGGGACAAUGGGAUGAACCUGGUGGACUAUGUCGUGAAGUAUUAUCUGCGGUACUAUGAUCAGGAAGCUGGAACAGACAAGAGUGUUUUCCCACUGCCUGAACCACAAGAUUUCUUUCUGGCCUCCCAAGUCAAGUUUGAAGACCUCAUAAAAGAUUUGAGAAAAUUAAAGCGACAAUUAGAAGCAAGUGAACAACAGAUGAAGUUGGUGUGCAAGGAGUCCCCAAAGGAGUAUCUUCAGCCUUUCAAGGACAAGCUGGAAGACUUCUUCCAGAAAGCUAAAAAGGAACAUAAAAUGGAAGAAAGUCACUUGGAGAAUGCACAGAAAAGUUUUGAAACAACAGUGGGAUAUUUUGGAAUGAAGCCAAAGACUGGAGAGAAGGAGAUCACCCCCAGCUAUGUGUUUAUGGUGUGGUUUGAGUUCUGCAGUGACUUCAAGACAAUCUGGAAACGGGAGAGUAAGAACAUAUCUAAAGAAAGAUUGAAAAUGGCUCAGGCAUCCGUCAGCAAAUUGACAUCAGAGAAGAAAGUAGAAACAAAGAAAAUUAAUCCCGCUGCUAGUCUGAAAGAACGACUGCGUCAGAAGGAAGCCAGUGUGGGCACCAGCUAAGGUGGAAGCAGAAGGAAAUUGCAUUUCGAGAGGAGGCGACCCAAUGCUUCUCUAGACACAAGUGUCAAGGGGAAUUCCUACAGAUCUGUUACAGAACACUUGCUCUGCUUUUCUCCUGAGGUUGCUUGCAGAAAGAGCCCUGUGCCUUCUUGGAGAAGCCCCUUGUUAGCGCCCACAGGAACAAUGCAAUGCUACGUAUGGAAUUAUUACAGGAAUAUUUGGUAAUUGUUUCUUAAAGAAGUCCAAAGUCCACCCUAUCAAAGAAUCAAUCAGAAGAAAUACCAAAAUUUUUCACAUUUUGCUUUAUGCUGAAAUUCUAAGCUUUCCAAUGUAUAAUCAUCAUGUUAUAAAAGGGGUACAUCUUUUAUGGUGAUUGCCUUGAGGGAACUCAAGCCUUGUACCUUACACACUAUAA